CUUUCUCUUCAGUGAGCCAUGAUUGCCCUUGGUGUUUUCCUCGUUCUUUGUUAUCAUUUGGUCCAGGGUCAGUUUCCACGAGACUGCACCACAGAUGAUGCAAUUCAGACAAAAACCUGCUGCCCCCUUUGGACGGAUGGCAGCCCCUGUGGCUCCAUAUCAGGCCGUGGCAAAUGCCGUAACAAAGUCGCCAUUACUCCCUUUGCAGCUGGUCAAGUAAUCCAGUAUCAGGAUGACCGCCUGGGCUGGCCAAGGUAUUACUAUAACAAGACCUGCGAGUGUUUGGGAGACUACAGAGGCUACGACUGCGGUGACUGUAAGUACGGGUAUUUCGGUGAAAAAUGUGACCGGAAAAACACUGUUGUGCGGAAGGAAAUUCGAGAACUUUCUUUUCUUGAAAGGAAAAGAUUCUUCAGCUACUUGGCACUGGCCAAAACCACAAAAAGUCAGGACUUUGUCAUCCUAUACACUGGAGACCGCCAUCACAAGGACACGUACCGCUUUACUGACGCCUCCAUCUAUGAUGUUUUUUCCUGGAUCCAUUACUACUCCAUAAAGCCCCUCCUGAUAAAUGGGGAUUUUGUUUCGUCCAGAAAUUACGCUCAUCAAGGUCCGGCUUUUCCCGGUUGGCAUCGGCUGGGCCUCCUUUUCCUGGAGAGACAAAUUCAGCUCUUGACGGGGGAUGAGAACUUUGGGGUUCCUUAUUACGACUGGCGAGGAGAGAAAAACUGCUCAAUCUGCACCAAUGACUUCCUUGGGGAUAAUGAUGUGGAAGGGUUUCUCAGUAGCUACUCCCAUUUUGCCUUUUGGAAGUCUUUUUGCAGUGGGUACAACUAUAUUGAUGUAUACUGCCUGAGCGCUGUUGACCCGAAUGAGAUGGAAAAAUUGCACAGGAAGCCUGGCGCUGAUCCUGAUGCCCCUAAGCUUCCCACCUUCCAAGAUGUAGAGGACACUCUGAAAUGGGGAGAUUUUGACCGACCUCCCUACUACAGAACCUCAAAGAAAAGCUUCCGUAAUGCCUUAGAAGGUUUCUUGAGGCCAUCAGAUGGAGUAACAAUGGAGGCCAACAUGCAUAACUUGGUCCAUAUCUUCUUCGGAGGGACACUGUCUGAGGUUCCAAUCUCCGCUAAUGAUCCUAUGUUUAUGCUUCACCAUUGCUUUAUUGACAAGAUCUUUGAGGAAUGGCUUCGUAGAUACCAGGCAACUCCAGACACGUAUCCUGCAAAUGAGGAACCAGGCCAUGGUCCCAACGAGUGCUCCACUCCGUACUUCCCGUGUUACCGGAACAAAGACCUCCUACGCACCUCUGACGUAUUUGGGUACAUCUACUCAAAAUACCAGGGAUUGUAA